CUAUUACUAUCGGUAAUUUUAUUGUACCUCUUUGCCUCUUCGUUCCCAUAGUUUGCUAACGCCUGCACUUUCAGAAAGUCGUCUUUUGGAAUUACCAAAACGGAAGUAAACAAAUCAAGCUCAGUUCAUAAAGGGAAAGAAACCAUUUACAUAUGGCAGAAUCUUCAGGCAUUGGAAAUGGACGGUUAAAUUUGUACCCUAAUAUUUCUGCUUUUUCUGAUCCCGAAACUGCACAUUAUGUUCCACCGGUAGAAACGGAACAAGCCAAUGACGAUAAAUAUAUACCUUCCUAUAAUUUAGAAAGUGAAGCAACAGAUGGAACAUGUAAUUUUGUAUCCACACCUUGUUCUACCCCAGAUACGUUGGAUUCUACAAAUUAUUCAAAAGAUACGUCUUAUUCCAAUAAUUCUACUACAGACGAAAAUAAAAAGGAAAACAACACAAACCAAGAAAGACGACGCAACAAUAGACUUCAGAGUGGAGCAGGAAGCGAUAAAUACAGUAAUGCUUUUAGAUUCCCUGGUGGACAUGGUAAAGCAAAUGCAGAAAGACCAAAACCUCAACCUUGUGAGAACAAAAACACCACUAGUAGUGGAUACACUGGUAACAGUUCAUCAGAUCACGCACCACGAGACCAUGGAGCGGGAGGACAAUCGAACGAACGUUUUCGCCAAGGGAAAGACAGAAUACAAAGAGAGACUGAGGAUUAUUUAUUUUUCUGGCGAAAAGACUCACCAUUCAGUCAAUGGCAUCCAGCUGAGUUCACUCUUGAUGGCCUAACUUUUAACUGUGCUGAACAGUAUAUGAUGUACAAUAAAGCAAAAUUUUCUAAAAAUGAAGCAAAGCUAGACGAAGUUAUAAUGUCGACGAAAGAUCCUGGUGAACAGAAGAGCCUUGGAAGAAGCAUACAUGGUCUUGAUUACGAAGCAUGGGAGGCAAAACGUGAAGAGGUAGUAAAAAAAGGCAAUAUGGCAAAAUUUUCCCAAAAUGAAAAAUUGAAAACGGAACUGUUAAGCACAUAUCCUAAGCUUUUAGUAGAGGCAAGUCCAACUGAUCAGGUUUGGGGAAUAGGUUUGGCUGCAGAUAAUCCCGACAUACUUAAAGUGGAAAACUGGAGAGGAUUGAAUCUAUUAGGGAAAAUUAUAACAGAAGUCAGAGACGAACUCUUAAAGGAAUCAGGGUUUCUGUAGUAAUUAUAGCACUUUGUGUUGAUUAGAAGACCAACUUCUACUUUUUAUUUGAAUAGAGCUUAUCUGUGAUUACCAUCAUCAAGUACUUUGUAAAAUGCUGUUUAGUUUAUUGUUCUAUUCUUGAGACAUUUAGCAUUAUUUUAAAAUGUAAAUAUAUACCUUUUUUUAAAAAUAUUUUUAACACGAAUAUGUGUCCAUAGGACACCAUGCCCCGCUCGCAUUAUCCAGUAUUCAUGUUCAGUGAACCGUGAAAUCAGACUCAAAAUCGUAAUUUGGCAUUAAAUCUGAAAAGAUUGUCUCGCAAAGAACAUUUGUAAUAAGUUUCAGUUUGAUGUGACCACAAUUUUAUGGCACUAUCUUAACAAAAACUUUAACCUGAGAAUGUUCUAAUUUUACACUAUCACAUUUCUAUGUUCAAUGUAACGUGAAAUCGUGGUCAAACUCGUAACUAGGUAUAAAAUUUUAAAGUUCACAUCAUAAUGAACCUGUGUACUAAGUUUCAAGAUGUGACCACAACUUCAUGGAAAACUACCGUAAUCUAAACUUUAAUCUGACAUGGGACAGAUCAACAGACGAACGGACGCACAGACCAGAAAACACAAUGCCCCUCUUUUCUAUCGCAAGCGGGACAUAAAAAAGAAGGUACAAAGGGACCAUCAUAGAAAUAUGAGUGAAUUUUGCUAGAUAAUUUGAGUAUAAAAAACAUAAGCAUCAGGAACUGGGCACUUAUCACGAAUAAGUGACCCACUAUUGACCAUAUAGGGGAGAAUGAACAACACUGAUUAUAGUCUCUUAUCAUAUAGUAAAUAUUGUUGUCUAUAUUACUUUAUAUUACUAUUCUAUUUAUGUAAAUUUUUAAUUUGAAUUAUGGUUAGUUUUACUUCUUUAAGCAGAUCUUUUUCUAUUAUUGAAUAAGGUUGUUAAUUCAAUAUGAACUUGUUAACUUGUAAACUUGUUAAUGAUACAUGCAUUGAAAAUAAAUUCAAAAUAUUGUAA